AUGCCAGCCAACAACACGCCGAGGACGCUCGAGGGCAAGGUCGCGAUCGUGACUGGUGCCAGUCGCGGCAUUGGAGCAGCCAUAGCCCACGAUCUCGCCUCUCGUGGCGCGAAGGUGAUGAUUACGUACAGCAGCGAUCGCUCCAAGCAGCCAACAGACGAGCUUGUCGCGAAGAUCAAGUCCGAGACAGGCAGUGGGGCGACAGACGUCCAGUGUGAUCUCAAGGACCCCUCGGCAGCGAAACAGAUCGUUGACGCCACUGUGAAAGCUUUCGGCCUAAAGAUCGAUAUCUUAGUCAACAACGCAGCUGUGAUCAGCGACAAGAAGAUCGAAGACAUCACAACCGGGGACUUCGACGAGGUAUUCUACACCAAUACCCGAGCUCCACUCCUUAUGGUGCAAGCUGUACUACCUCAUCUCCGUAGACCAGGCCGCAUAAUCAACAUCAGCAGCGUCGGGGCUCGUGCCGCUUAUCCAGGUGUAGGACUCUACUCUGCCUCCAAAGCCGCUUUGGAAGGCUUCACUCGCAAUUGGGCUGCCGAGUUAGGCAAGGACGGUACGACGGUCAACUGUGUCAACCCUGGUCCCGUCGAAACUGAGAUGCUGAAUAAAGUCGACCAGAGUAUCAAGGGACCUCAGUUCGAGGCCACGCCUAUAGAAAAGAGAGCUGGCAGGGUGGAGGAGAUCGCGGAGAUCGUGGGGUUUUUGGCUGAAGGGAGGAGUAGUUGGGUUUCGGGGCAGUGCAUCAGUGCUAGCGGUGGGCAUGCUGUCUACUAG